CUCACAUUCGUAUUGCAAACGUCGCCUUGUUUCUGAAGGUCUAGAACAAGCCCGUCUGGUGCAUAAAAGGGCGUCUUCUCCUCAUCUUCAUUCCCAUCCACCCAACUAAGACUCAACAUCAGAAAUACCAAAGAACUGCCAACAUGAAUCCACAAGCUUGGUUAGUUCUCUUCAUUCUCAGCAAGGUCUCAUCCAAUCCUGUGGCUGGGUCAUCGGCUACGGUCUCGUCACUACCACACGGAAUCAUGAUUGCCGGAGGCGACUGCGCUCCAAACUGCGGUCGUGAUACAGGCUCGUGCGUACAGUGUUGCAAGGGGAAAUGCGGCAAGGAAGAAGCAGACACUUGCACAACAGCAUGCAUUACAUUCAAGGAAGAAGUUGAUGUUCUUGAAAUGCAGGCCGGAAAGCCGGACAAUCCACGCGGGGGAAUGGCGGCUUCGGUGUGGAUGAAAACCAUGAAGACGAAAUGCUCGGAAAAGUACGGAAUCAUACAUGCGGAGAACCAAUGCAUGCAUGUGGCUCAGGCGUAUUGGCAGGCGUUCACAGCCAUACAGCAGUAGAGAUUCCUUCUACCGAAAUUUGGUCAACCUGAUACGCUUCUGUGAAGCAGGGACGACC